AAUUUCGAACGGCUUCAUGUCUAGAGCCGCAGUAGUGUCAAUUGUGCCAAUCGUAUCAUCCGGCAGUGUGGGCUAUAGCGCGUAAGAAUCGGUGUACGCAGGAAAAGACACCAAGACACACCAGGUUCAACGCAGUGCAAGUACGCAAAAAGCAAAAGAGAGCAAAAAAAAGUAGCAUACGAAACGAAAAGUUCGCUAAGUGUUUAUUUAGUUGCGAAAAGCCCGAACUGGGUCCAGUGCAAAGCCUGAUCUUUAUGUAUCGCCAUCACAUAUAUGUGCUUGUGUUCGCUAUGCUUGACAUUCAACGGUAAGCAGCCUAAUCGAACGCUUCACAGACAACACGACAAAGCGACACUUUUGCAUUUUUGAAUUCACCAGCAAUCCAAAAAAAACACCAGAAAGACCAACAACAACAAAAAUUUUCACAUUGCGUCGAUCGAGGUUUAUUUCUACCUUCCUACUCUUUUUUCUUCAACUCGGUUGUUGCCAACAAAAUUUUACUGCUGCUUUUGUUGUUGUUGUUGUUUUCGAUAAUGUUGAGCGUUGGCUGAUCGCGUAUCGGUCGUGUGUGUUGUGUGUGCGUGUGCGCGUGUGCGUUGUGCACUUUGCGCGAGAAAGUGAAAUUAACGGAGAAAUUUUAAGUGACCAACAAAAAGAAUUGUGUCUUCUUCAAUAUUCGUUAAAGAAUCUGAAGUAAGGCGUGUACGAGUGUGGACUUUCACAGCGUCGAGCAAGUAAAUUGAAAACGCGUUUUUUCUAUUUUUUUUAAUAAAAAAGCACAAAAAAGCGCACAGAUUUAAAGCUAACUAAAUAUUAACAUAUAUAUAUUUAUAUAAACAUAUAUAUAUGGUAAUAUACAUACAUAUAUAUUUGUUGAAAUUGUGAAACAAAUAGUUAUUGUUGUUUACUGUUUUUCUCAAUCGAAGAUCUGCAGCUGCACAAGGCCACUGACCCAAUUUCCAAAAUUACCGGAUUAUCAAAGAAUCGUGUUGACUAUCGUGCAUGUGUGUGUGUGUGUGUUCAAACGAAAUUGACCCAAAGAAAAGUGGAAAGAAAGAAAGAUUUUGUGAAACAAAGUUAAAAAGCAUUGGUAAUAAAUACCCCACAACGGCCGCUCAGUAGAAAUUAAUUACGCGCAUUUUAUACAUAACAUGUUCCUCCACACAUUUGGAAUACGACCAAUUGAUAUUUGAAAGUCGAACAAAAUGGAUAAACGCUCAAACGUAGCAAGAACAUAUUUAAGCAGUUGAUAAAGAAACAAAAAAAACAUAAAUUUACGCACUUACUAGUAAUUUUCAAACAAAAAAAAAACACAGAAAAAUUAUAACCACUCUUAAAAAAUUCGACGAACUAAAGGAUUGAGUAGGAAAUUAUGCUUGAAAAAGAAUACAAAAAUCGAUGAAAGCAAACAAGAAUUAUUCUUAUUAUAAUAAAACUAAAACGAGCAAACACUUAAAAAAGCAACUUAAAGAAGUACGCAAAAAAGUCCACAAAAAAAAUUUCGCAAAAAAAAUUCUACACACGCGUGUGAAAUUUCUACUUUGCAUUCAAACCUACCUACUUAUAAUCCACGUCUACCGUCAGCUCCAGCACGCGCCGUACCAACAAAACGGAGAGUGUACAGAAGAAGAAAGAAAAUUCAUCGAAAACCACAAGCAACUUACUGUAAUUUAAAUAAUUAAUUGCAAAAUAACAGUAAAUAGUGUCAGUCAAACGAACAACAACCACAAGCCAUUCCAUUGUAAACUACGCAAUUUCUAGUUCUAACCUCUAAACUAUCUAACAAUUAAACGCAAUUUGAUAAAAUCAAAGUCAACUCUACCCAACUACUUACAAUAUACUAUAUAUAUAUAGAAAUACUACUUACCCUAUAAACUAUACAUACCAUACGAGUUAAAAAGCAAAUAAAUUAGAAAAAAUAAAUAAAAAAUAAAAACUACAAAAUCCAACAAACACAAAAUGGAGGGUUCAAAUAGUCCACGUGAUAUGCUGCUGCUCAAUGGGCAUGCCGAAGGUGCCGCGCAUCACUUGGGCCUAACAAAUGGCGUAGCUAGCGGCAGUAACAGUUUGCCAGCUGGCAAUGUGAAAACCGAUCACUUUAAUGGUGAUGAUAUAUCGUCGAGCAGUUUUAUGUCCAUUCCACAAUUCUAUGCGGGACGUAGUGUAUUCAUAACCGGAGGCACUGGAUUUAUGGGAAAGGUUCUUGUUGAAAAAUUAUUACGUUCAUGUCCAGACAUAAAAAAUAUUUAUCUAUUAAUAAGACCAAAACGAGGACAAGAAGUCUCAGCGCGUUUAAAUGAGCUGCUGAAUGCACCGCUUUUUGAAACAUUGCGAAGAGAGAAACCAAAGGAAUUGAGUAAAGUUAUUCCUAUAUCUGGUGAUAUAACAUCCGAGGAAUUGGGCAUCUGUGAAAAUGAUCAGGCGCUACUUUGUCGCACAGUAUCCAUUGUAUUCCAUUCAGCUGCCACCGUGAAAUUCGAUGAAAAGCUCAAAUUAUCUGUCACAAUCAACAUGCUUGGGACAAAGCGUUUGGUUGAGUUGUGCCAUCGCAUGAUGUCCUUAGAUGCACUAAUACACGUCUCCACUGCCUAUUGCAAUUGCGAUAGAUCCGAGGUAUCAGAAGUUAUAUAUGCACCACCCUAUAAUCCCGACGAUAUUAUUUCUUUGAUCAAUUGGCUUCCUGAGGAUAUGCUCGAUCAGCUGACCCCAUCGUUGAUUGGCAAACGCCCCAAUACGUAUACAUUUACGAAAGCCUUAGCGGAGCAUAUGCUACUCAAAGAAGCUGGCAAUCUGCCUGUGGCCAUUGUUCGGCCUUCUAUAGUGAUUGCCAGUUUGAAUGAACCGUUCGCCGGUUGGGUGGAUAAUUUUAAUGGUCCAACUGGUUUGGUAGCCGCCGUCGGUAAAGGUCUAUUCCGCACAAUAAUGUGUGAAAAGAAUUAUGUUGCCGAUAUGGUACCUGUCGAUAUUGUGAUUAAUUUAAUGAUUGCCGCAGCAUGGCGCACAGCGACGCGAAAAACUGAUAAUUUAGCGAUAUAUAAUUGUUGUACUGGACAACGACAUCCCAUACAAUGGGGUGAAUUUGUUAGUUAUGCCAUGAAACAUGUACGAAAGCAUCCACUGGAGGGCUGCCUGUGGUAUCCGACGGGUGUGUUACGCAUGAAUCGUCCAUUGAAUGCAGCACAUGGCUUCCUUGUACACUACUUACCGGCCUAUAUAUUGGAUAUUGUAGCGCGACUGAUGGGCAAGAAGCCAUUCAUGGUAAAUAUACAAAAUAAAAUCGCCAAAGCUGUUGGUUGCUUGGAAUACUUUGCUACACACCAGUGGCGAUUCAGAGACGACAACGUGCACGCACUACUCAAUGCGCUGAGUCAGAAGGAUCGCGAAACGUUUGUGUUCGAUGUGCGCACCAUUAACUGGGAGAACUAUGUUGAGCGUUAUGUAUUGGGCUUUAGGGAAUUCUUAUUUAAACAACGUCCAGAAUCGCUGCCUGCGUGUCGAAAGCGUUUGAUGCGAUUGUACUAUCUGCAUCAGCUGACCAAAGUGGUGGCGGUGAUGUGCACUUGGCGCUUCCUAAUGGCGCACUCGAAACGUCUGAAUGCCUUGUGGACGGCAUUCUUGCAGAACGUCUUCAAACUUAUACGAUUAAUACCAUUUUUGUAAUAUUCAAAACGGACGGUGCAGUGCAGUUGAAUUAUAUAUAUAUAUAUAUAAAUAAAUAAACAAAUAUGUAGCAGCAAAAGCAGUAGUGGGGAGAAGAAAUAACAAAACGCUCUUAUGCUGUUAUAAUUGCAUAAAUAUUUAAAUUAAUUGUGUAUGAAAUGUUUACUUGAUACAAUAUAUACGUAUAUAUAUAUAUUUGUAUUUAUAUGCAUAUAUUAUUAUAAAUAUAUUUUUUGUUAUUGUUUUUUUUUUUUCAUUUUUGUCUAUAUUUUACGGCAGUUAAGUUUAAAUUAAUUUAAUUAUUUUCAUUUAUAAUUUUUGUAUUGUAAUAAAGUUGUAAACGAACGAAGGAGAAAAAAGUAAUAAAUUAAUUAAAACAACAAAAAAAAUAUUAAGUCGAAGGGUUAGUAGUAGGAAAGCAAAAAUAAUUAAUAAAGCAAAAUUAUAAUACAAAGUAAUGCGUAGACAUAUUAGUGUGUGAGAUUAAAAAUUAAAAAAAAUUAUAAAAUAAAUAAAAAAAAAUAUAAAUAAAUAAAUAUGAAAAAUAAAUAAUUGAACGAUAAAAAAUAUUUGCAAUUACGCUAAAGCAUAUACUUUAAAAUGUGUUACCAAAUAAAGCAGCGCAUUAAGUAAAUAAAUAAAUAAAAUAAUAAAUAAAGUGCAAAUGCAAAAUAUACAAAAAAUUAUGAAAACAAAAACAAAAACAAACAUUUUGUAUGAACCUUAAGCCAAGCAAUGCAGCACAAGUGUAUGUAUUUUGCCUUUUUAACCUUCAUUUCAUUUCGCAAUUUUUAAGCUUUUACGAAAUGCAUGCAAAUUAAAAUUAAAAGAAAAAUUAGCAGAAAAUUGUAUUUAUAGUAAAUUAUAAUUUUUUUUUGCAAAAAAAAACAAAAUAUUUUUUUUUAUAGUUUGCUGCUUAAAUAUAAUAAUAUUUUUUUUUUUUUCAAUUGAUUUGCCAGGCAAAGCAACAAAAGCAAUUUCAUUGGCAUAUAAAUAGGUAAAGUUACAAACAAACUAUUAUAUAUACGAUUAUAUACAAAUAUACGCAUAUAUUAGCAUAUAUGAAAUAUUGAAAUAUUUCCAAUAAAGACACUAGCAAGUGAAAUGGUUUAGUUUAAACAAAUAAAAGCUAAAUUUAAUUUACCAAAAUAGAAAAAAAAAAUAAAAAAUAAAUAUUAAAAAACGCAAUUGAGAGUAAAAAAGUUAUUUAAAUAAAAGUGCAUGGAAGAGCAACUAAAUAAAAGCAUUAUAAGUCUAAUAGCAAUCGUAGUUUUACAAUUAAUUAAUUAAUUAUAUUGAGCAUUUGGUUAGCGAGUAAUUAAAAUAAAGCAGAAAAUUAAACAAAAUUUAAUAAAAAAUUAAUUGAAAGAAAAUUGCAUAAAAAUUAAUUUAAAAAAUUAAUAAAAAUUAUUUAAAAAAAUAAUAAAAAUUAAUUUAAAAAAUUAAUAAAAAUUAAUUGAAAAACAAUUGCAUAAAAAAGAAUUGAAAAUGUAAUUAAAGCAGACACGUAAAAUUUUGAAGCGCAUAGUUAAUAUAAAUUAUAAAGCAAAAGCAAAAAAAAGCAUAAUAAUAUACAAAUUUAAAUGCAGUCAUUUUAAGAGGCAUUAAAUUUACAUAGAGCAUACAACAACACUACAGUCAACGGCAGUUUACAAGUAUAAGUAGACACAGGUGUACGAAAGAAUGACAUAAGUAAGCAAAGUAUGAAAAUACAAAACAAAACAAAUUGCUUGUUAUAAAUUACUUUACAUUACAAAAACAAAAGCAAAGCAAAAAACAAUUUAUUAAAUAAAUAAAUAAUGAAUGAAGAUACAAAAAAAAAAUGUAAUAGCGAACUAAAUUUAUGCAUUAAAAUUAUGAAAAUAAAAUUAAUAAGUAUGAAAUAAAAUAAAAAGUGAAAAACAAA